UGUCGUCAACUCUGUGAAGGCAGCAUCUCAGUCACUGCUCCGUUGGCUGACAGUCUCGCCAUUCACCGAGCAGCCCGCCCCGCAGCUCUGAGAGCGGCAUGGCAACGGCGAGGAGACGGGGGGAGAAGGUGCAAUGAGGUGUGAUGUCCAGUUCAAUCGGACCAGAGAGAGAGAGAAAGAGCAGCAGCAGCAGUAGCACUAUUUCCACUCCUCGCUGACUGAGGAAACGCACCGUGUGGUACCUCGGCCAGUCAGCUCUCUCUCUCUCUCUCUAUCUCUAUCUCUCCUCCUCUCUCUCCCUCUCUCACACACAUACACACGCUGAUGAAACGAUGCCCCACCGCCGCCGGUCCGCACCGUCGCUACCGCUGACCAGGUGUUGGACCAAAGAACAGGGACGUCGUUAACGUGACAGAAGAUAAACUUGUAUGUAUGUGCUGUGCGCCCUUCACCCUGGUCCCGUACGCAGACGAUCGAGAAGAUGCUGAGCCGACUGAUGAGCAGCAGCAUCAGGAGUCUGGACAGGGAAUGCAACUGCACUGUGAGACUGCUGGACGAUUCGGAGUACACCUGCACGAUUCAGCGGGAUGCCAAGGGGCAGUACCUGUUCGACCUCAUUUGCCACCAUCUCAACCUGCUGGAGAAGGACUACUUUGGCAUUAGAUAUGUUGACCCAGACAAGCAGAGGCACUGGUUGGAGUUUACAAAGUCAAUUGCCAAACAAAUGAAAUCUCAGCCUCCAUUCACUAUGUGUUUGCGUGUCAAGUUUUACCCACCUGACCCUGCUGCCCUGAAAGAGGAAAUCACCAGAUAUCUCGUCUUCCUGCAGGUUAAGAGGGAUCUCUACCAUGGUCGCCUCCUGUGCAAGACAUCAGAUGCUGCUCUAUUGGCUGCCUACAUAUUACAAGCUGAAAUUGGUGACUAUGACCCCGGGAAACACCCAGAGGGCUACAGCUCCAAGUUCCAGUUCUUCCCCAAGCACUCAGAGAAACUGGAGCGGCGGAUUGCUGAGAUCCACAAGACUGAGCUGAUAGGUCAGACUCCUGAAACAUCAGAGCUCAACUUCCUCCAGAAGGCUCAGAUGCUGGAGACAUAUGGAGUGGACCCUCAUCCAUGCAAGGAUGUGUCUGGCAACCCAGCUUUUCUGGCUUUCACUCCUUUUGGAUUCACUGUGCUGCAAGGAAACAGAAGGGUCCAUUUUCUCAAAUGGGAGGAGGUGACCAAACUCAAGUUUGAAGCAAAGACAUUCCAUAUAUAUGCAAAUCAGAAGGAGGAUAAGAAAAUCAUACUCACUUACUUUGCACCUACACCUGAGGCCUGUAAGCAUCUGUGGAAGUGUGGAGUCGAGAAUCAGGCCUUCUACAAGUUGGAGAAGUCAAGUCAAGUCCGCACUGUGUCCAGUAGUAACCUCUUCUUCAAGGGUAGUCGUUUCAGAUACAGUGGGAAGGUUGCAAAGGAAGUAAUGGAACAAAGUGCCAAAAUUAAAAGAGAUCCCCCUGAGAUUCACAGGGCUGGCAUGGUGCCAAGUAGGAGCUGUCCAUCCAUCACCCACGGCCCUCGUUUGACCAGCGUGCCCAGGACCCGACGAAGAGCUGUACACAUCUCCAUCAUGGAAGGUCUGGAGUCCCUACGAGACAGUGCCCACUCCACGCCUGUGCGCUCUGUCUCCCACGGCGACUCCUUCAUGUCUUCCCGGGGCCACAUGAUGGACGGCAGCGAGGCAAGUACAUCGGCAGUCAUCUCUGAUGAGGCCUACAGCCCCUCGGACAGCGUGCUGCCCACGCCCGUGGCCGAGCACGGCAUGGAGAUGCCUCUGGCCCGCCACCUCAACGGCUCUCCCUGCAGCAUCGACGAGGAGAAGGAGUCAGAGGCAGGGACGUCGAAGGAAGGGCAGGCGGCAGAGUUCAGGCUCGGCAGGAGAGCGCUGCGUAUGGUCAGGAGCAGGCAGUCACCACAGAGUGACGUAGAGGAUCUGAACAAGUUCGUCCUGAGCGUGUUGCGUCUGUUCCUGGUUACCAUCGGACUGCUGUUCGCCCUGCUGCUGCUCCUCAUCAUGCUGACAGAGUCAGACCUGGACAUUGCCUUCCUGAGAGACAUCCGCAAGACACCCGAAUUCCAGCAGUUCCACUUUGAAUACUUCUGCCCUCUGCGGCGCUGGUUCGCCUGUAAGUUACGAUGGAUGGGAGGUUUCCUCAUCAGCAAGUGAGGCGAGGUGGACGACACAGAGAAUGAAUGACACAACACAGGCCUCCACUGAUGGAGACAGGACACGUACAAACAGACAAGACGAGUCAGGAGAGAGGGUGAGAGGAGGGAAAAGGAAAAAAGAUGGCAGCCCUGUUCCCAAUAUGAACUCAGCUUCUUCCAGGAAGGAGUUCCUGUCACACGCCACGGACUGUCCCCUGAAUAGCCUUGUUUAUUAUGUUUGACCAUCACUGCGAGGAAAGAAAAUCACAUUUUACUUUUGGAAAUAUCAUUGUUUUUACACAAAAUCACAGCAACAGGGUUUAAUUUAAACAUCGAAAGGGACAAGCAAGUCUGUCAGACUUCACUUAUUCAAUAAUAGUUGCCUUUAUUUUUGUAUUAAUUUAUAUGUUGUAACAUUAUUGUAAGACAGAAUAACCUGAUGUGUUGGGGUGUGUGUGUGUGUGUGUAGUGUGACCUUAGAGUCUGAGUUAAGUUUUGAGAGAUGGCGAGAUGAUUGGGGGGGGGGCAGUCUAGCUCAUCCAAUUUUCUCAUAUCAAAGCCAACAACGACAUUCACAAAUGUUAUUAUUAUGGUUGCUGCUAUGAGGCUACUAACAGCUGUGUGGAGUUGUAACAGAAUGGGGGGUUAAAGAAAGUGUGAAAUGGAAAACUGAGCAGCACUUAGCGAAUGUAGAUCAGUCCUGAGUCAAAUGAUAUUUUCUGCACACUUGGAAGUAACUGACAGCUUCUUUGACCAUCCUAAAUUCUCCUACCACACAUCUGGCUCAAACAAGUGCUAAGAAUUAGCCACAGUAGAGAUUUGACUUAGGAGUGAAGUCGGUGCUGCCCUGUCAGAAGCCUUGAAUGACUUUUUUUGUAAGAAGUGUGACUUAGUUUGUGGUCAGACAUCUGUUAAAGGUGUGCUCACGUUACCAUUUUUUUUGUCCAGAGCACCAAUGAAGUUUCAUCGUCCAAUGACUAUAAGCUUUUGUAAGGAUAUAAGUAAGUAAUGGAGGUGGUAGGUUUACAGAUUUUAUUAAAUAGCAGCCAAAUAACACUAAUAACUACAAUCAAUUUCUGUGUGUAAGGAACAGUCAUCACUUUGCCGUAGUUACUUUUACAGUAGUUGUAAAAGUGAUGGGAGCUAUGUGAGCUAGCGCUGUAGUGAUAGUGAAGUGUUCGGUUAGCUCUUUGACUCCCACACUCUGUAGGAGGAGUUUAUCUUGAUGUGCAAUACUGUUAAUAUUAAAAAAAAAAAAAACAAGAUCCUUUCCAUGAUGGGAAAUUUGACCUUGUUUUACCUUUGUAAAGUGCAAAAAAUUAGUGCUAUUUCCCCACAGUAUAGCGUUAAGAGAGCUAACAUAUUUGUUUUUUUAGUUCAAGACCCAUGUUCCAUUUUCUGUUCGGCCCUGUUGUGUUCAAAUUGAUGCAUUUAUCUGUAAAGGCUAAAUAUAUUUAAAUAAUGUUUCCCAUUUUUGUACAAACUGAUGUCUGGUUAACACAUGGAGAUUUCCUCACAGUGACUUUUAUUGGACUUGAAGCAUUAUUUUUUACAGUGGAUAUAUAGUUUUCAGCCCUGCACUCGCUUACAACAGAGCCUAAGAGAAGUCAUGUUUACGUCCUACUGCAAUCUUCAUCAUCGCACCUACCAAAGAAACCUCUGUUGUCUGAUAUCUCUUGUCAGUUCACGUCAACAGAUGGAAACUCUUGAUAGUCUGCUGUCCUCCUCCAGCCUUAUUGUGUUACUUCACAGGUUAGCCUACAGCCCGGAGCAAUCAACAGCAUCAUUUAACACCAUUAGUCAGUUUGUGACAGUUAACUCUCAACAAAUCUGCAAAUGGUUCAUUAAGGUAUACUGUAUGUAGGUGUAUAUGCUGUGUGCCAGUGGUAAUUCUAGGCUGACAGCAGGUAUACAUUGUUGUACCUGGAAAAAAAUAAAUAAAUAUAUGGAUGUAUUAUUUAUGCAACAAGGUUUAGGAUAGUGAUUGGUUGAGGGGUUUAGGAUAUGCUGGUGUCCAGGGGCAGUUUGGAAAAUCACUUAUCUAAUAUUCAAAUCUUUCCUAAAAACUUCCACAGGUUCAAAGUUAAUAUGAAAACAGUACUUGAGAAUCCCUGUAGUAUUAAAUGCCAGGCUUUAAAUGUUGUUAUUUUUGUACAGUACUGACAUUUUCAAAUUCAACAAUGGUGAAAUGACCAGAAGUAUGAAUAACUCUCAGUCUUUUUUCCCUUUUAGUGCAGAGUUGUAUGAGUUCAGAGUAACAGAAAUAUUGACUGAUAUAUUUAUAUUCAGUAGAAAAAAAACAGAUUUUACAGUCGAUGGUUAGACUUGAUAAAUCACUGAUUGUAUUUGCUUUAAUUCAGAUGGUGCUUGGUGGUUUUUGAUUUACGUGUUAUGUGAAAGGUACCGGUUGAGGCUGAAAAUUAGCUUUUUACCUCCUCUAAUUUGUACUUUAAAGUCUCAUUUUAUGUUCACAUGUGAAAAAAAUUCUGACAUAAUUUGAGCAAUAAAUAUUACAAAUAAUGUAAUGAGUAGUAAUAACCAUGAAUUGCAAACUAAUGUUCGUCUCUGUCUGCUAGACAUGAAAAAAUGUCUUUCGAAUCCUCUCAGAAGGUAAAACAGCCUGUAGAUGCAUGUGUGAUGGGAAUCACUGUUCCCUGAUUACCCACAGUGGCAGGUUAACGCUCUGUGGUACACUGAUACUUCUCCAAAUCAAGUUUUCAUGUAAAUCCUGUUUGGUUGUUGCCUAAUACUAGACUGCUCUUCUUUGACUCAUUUUAAAGAAAUAAAUGCAAGUUUUCUUGUGAAAGUACAUGUAAAUGAACUGAACAUCUGAGGAAAAGUUAAGUGAAACACCAUCUUCACUUGACUUUGAAACAGAUUUUACCACAAUGAAAGUGGAGUGGUUUGUAUUUUUUAGCCAAUUUAAAAACAGCAGAAGUAGCAUACUCAACUACCUGAAUCUUUCUUUGUGCAAUGCAGUUCAUUUUGUUUCUUUUUUUUUUUGUAUUGCUAAAAUGUGUUUCAGAUCACAUGAACUGGCACAUUGAUAGAGGGGUGACAGUUCCAUUGACAGGCAACUCUCUGUAUUUGUUUUACUGAGUUAUGUAAACAGGAAUAAAGCCUCAGAUGUGGUCUUGCUGUAAGCUUCCUUCCUGUACCAUGGUCCCGCACAUGGAAAUGUCUCUGUAAGCAUGUGUUCUGCAUUUAUUACCUCCCAACAAGGCUGCUUAUUUCCAAUCACUGACUGAAGACUGGUGUACUCUAUUUAUGAAUAAAUAUAAUCUAUUCUUGACAUCUA